UUCGUUGAAUGGCACGGCAGCAGGAUUGAGAGCAGGACUAUUAAAACAGGAGCUGGGUGGUGAGCAGACAACACAAUCAUCCGUGAUCUCAACGAGUCCACUUCGCUCGUCCACGUCGUCGUCGUGUAGUACGCCAAAAAACAGAAGUUCGACUCAAGCCUUCAGAGCUGAAAACUCUCAAAUCGAAACUAACGAACAUAAAUUUGAAAGCAAUUUGAAAAUUGCGCCAAGUGAAAAGUGUGUGUGUGUGCUUUUAUUCUGCUGAAAUUGUGCCUAAUAAAUCGCCAAAAUUACGCCCCACAUCGGUAUGCAAUCGUCGGAGGGUUCGCCAGACAUGAUGGAUCAGAAAUACAACAGCGUUCGGCUGUCGCCAGCUGCAUCCAGUCGCAUCCUGUACCAUGUGCCGUGCAAGGUCUGCCGGGAUCACAGCUCCGGCAAGCAUUACGGCAUCUAUGCCUGCGAUGGUUGCGCUGGCUUCUUCAAGCGCAGCAUCCGACGCUCUCGCCAGUACGUGUGCAAGUCACAGAAGCAGGGACUCUGCGUCGUCGACAAGACGCACCGUAAUCAGUGCCGCGCCUGCCGACUGCGCAAGUGCUUUGAGGUGGGCAUGAACAAGGAUGCCGUGCAGCAUGAGCGCGGACCACGCAACUCAACGCUGCGCCGUCACAUGGCCAUGUACAAGGAUGCCAUGAUGGGUGCCGCCGAGAUGCCGCAGAUACCGCCAGAGAUACUCAUGAAUACAGCUGCAUUGACUGGAUUUCCCGGCCUUCCGAUGCCCAUUCCGGGCGUGCAACGUGGACACCAUCACGGCGCACUGAAUGCCGCCUUCCAGCCCCCACCGCCUGCUGCCGUACUUGACCUUUCGGUGCCGCGUGUGCCACACCACCCUGUGCACCAGGGCCAUCACGGCUUCUUCUCACCCACCGCCGCCUAUAUGAAUGCGCUGGCCACCCGGGCGCUGCCACCGACGCCGCCGCUAAUGGCCGCCGAGCAUAUUAAGGAAACGGCUGCGGAGCAUCUUUUCAAGAACGUGAACUGGAUCAAAAGUGUGCGCGCCUUCACCGAGCUGCCUAUGCCCGACCAGCUGCUGCUGCUGGAAGAGUCCUGGAAGGAGUUCUUCAUCCUGGCCAUGGCGCAGUAUCUCAUGCCCAUGAACUUUGCCCAGCUGCUCUUCGUCUACGAGUCGGAGAACUCCAAUCGCGACAUUGUGAGCGUUGUUGCCCGCGAGGUGCACGCCUUCCAGGAUGUGCUGAACCAGCUGUGUCAUCUGAACAUCGACAGCACGGAGUACGAGUGCCUGCGUGCCAUUUCGCUCUUCCGUAAGUCGCCGCCUGCUGCUAGCUCGACUGAGGACCUGGCCAACAGCUCCAUACUAACUGGCAGCGGCAGCCCCAACUCCAGUGCCUCGGCUGAGUCUCGUGGUCUCCUGGAGUCCAACAAGGUGGCGUCCAUGCACAACGAUGCCCGCAACGCACUCCACAACUACAUCUCGCGCACGCAUCCCAACCAGCCGCUGCGCUUCCAGACGCUGCUCGGCGUCGUCUCUCUGAUGCACAAGGUGUCCAGCUUCACGAUCGAGGAGUUGUUCUUCCGCAAGACCAUUGGCGAUAUAACCAUUGUGCGUCUCAUUUCGGACAUGUACAGCCAACGCAAGAUCUGAGGCCCAGUCUAAGUUGAAUUGCAUCGAAGUCGGAAGGACUUGCAUUGCCGUCGGCAAGACCGCGUCCGCGCACUUGAAGUGCCUUCGUAGUGCUGGAAACUGUGAUAUCUGAAAGUUGAAUUGGAGUUGAGGAGUUGGGAGCUGGGAGCUGGGAGUUGAGGAGGUUGACGGGUUACACUGGCUGAGACAGUGACAGUGACCAUUGGACAAUAUUCAACAGUGAACUGCUGCAGAAAGCUUACAAAUCUCUUGGAUCUGAGCCUUAAAAUGUAUUCGUUAUACGUACAUCUUUUUCACAACGUGAUUCGAAAAAGU